AUUCGCACACGCACCUCUGCACACACACACUCUCGACAAGCCUUCUUCACAGAGGCGCAUCGGUGCUGAACGACAAGUGUGUGUACGACAAACGAGUUCGAGUGGCUUCAGAGACAGAAAUAAAGAAACAGACUUGGACAAGAAGACUAACGGACACCCAAACGAUUGUCUGAACACUGACCACCAGGAGACAUACAGGUUAUCUCAACGUGUAGCUAAAGAAGACGAGGAGACGACAGAGCUAACUCAGCUCUUUGAGACUAAAACGAGACCUUGUUGGUACCCGAAGACCUAAGCUUUAGAACCAGACCAGUACUUGUGGUUGAAGCCCAGAAGCUGUGGUCAGAAUUGGUUCAGAAACGGUCAGAAGUUCCGGUAAGAAGGUGCAGUCAUGCAGAAAGUAUCUGUGGUCCUGUUGGUGGGAGUCCUGAUGGUGCUGGUGACUCUGUGGGCUGGAGUGGACACAGCCCCCACCCUGCUCACUGACAGAGGAGACAUACAGCUACCAGGUCCAGCUAUGGGCGACUCAAUUGUGCAAGAGAGAGCGGAACCAUCAACAGUCAACACUUCUAAACUACUGAAGACCAUACUGAUGACCACCAUCCCUGUUGGUCGAGAAAAGACAUCCACACCCACCAGCAGUCUGAAUAGACGAUUGAAGAUGAAUCCAGUGACGAGCAGCCCAGGUAGACGAGCCCAGAUCCUGAAGAUGCUGUCGGCGCUGGAGGAACUCAGCAGGACGAUCAACAGCACCCGGAGCACACGGAUGACCAUGAUGCCCAGAGGGUCAGCAAACGGCAGAAAUUCAGGAAAGAAGAAGAAAGCGGUAGCUGCGGCAGAUACAGUGAAAACCACCACAGUGCCUCCUGUGGAUGUUGGAGGUAACGUCACUGCAUCCCGUCCCAGCACUGACGGAAUAGACCCCAGCAGCCUGAGUGGCCGAAACUUCAAGAAGUCCCUGCCACCGCAACCCAAGAAGCCCAGCAACAAGAGAGUGUGUUUCUGGAAGUACUGCUCCCAAAACUGAUCCUCCACAGACCCCUGUAAACAUCCAUGGUACCCUCCAAACCGACGUUCACCCCAUCCUACCCCCACCCUACACCGGGCACUAGGCAACCAACGCGGCGAGGCAUUGGAGGCCCGGCGCCACCAUUGACCUUUUCAUUGGCUCAUCAAUAACAGUACUGACCAAUCAGAUUGCCCCACCAUCGACGUGUGUACUUGUGCCUAUGUGCACGAAAGUCUGUUAACCCUUUAUAGAAGAGAAAGCGCUGUGUGUGAUCUCUAAUAAAGACGACCCAAACAUGAUAAAACUAUACGACAAU